AUGCAUAAAUUUGUUAAUGACUUAAUUCAGAAAAAACAAGUCGAACUCAAUGAAAAGGCGAAAACUACAAUUAUUGGGAGUUAUGACACAGAUUGUGUUUCUCAAAAACCUAAAUCUCUAAUUGAAAUUCUAUUAGCAAGCGAACAACAAAUAUCACCUAAAGAAAUACGGGACGAACUUAUAACCAUUAUUAGUGCGGGACAUGAAACAACUGCAAAAUCAAAUUCAUUAAUUAUAUUUAUGCUGGCUCAUCAUCAAGAUGUUCAAAAAAAUGUAUAUCAAGAAAUAAAUUCAAUAUUUUCGGCUGGCGACUUUAACCGAUCACCUACACACGAAGAUUUAUAG